AUGCCCGCACUGUCAACAUUCCGCACACGGACCAGCCCCGUCGGACAUCUCAGGACUCAAUGGACCAGCUCGAAAACCCCACCUGAUGCUUCUACUACCGACCCUGCCCCAAUCCUCGCGGCACCCACUGCUACGACCACCCUCAGUGCCGAUGCUCAACAUCCCCGUGCUCCGCCGCGGUCGGUUACCAUCAUCUCUAUCAUCCCUGCAACAACCUUCACGGCGACGACCACUGGAGCUCCCACUCCCACCGCCGAACAACUCUCCCGACGGCCCGCCAACUACCACACUCAUCUCCAAUGA